UUUCUUUCUUCCCAGCUGUUCUUUCAUUAUUACACGGACCUCACACAUUCUAUGCAUCUCUCUCCAUAAAACCCCUUCUUUCUCCACCUUUCCCCUCUCUCAAACCCACCCCGAAUUUAUAAAACCAUGCCACCACAACUCCACCCCACCGCCGCCACAAGCACGGCGAUCACCGUCCAUCGCGCGGCGGCGAAGCCACGGCAACCACCGCCGGAAAACACGACGAGUCCUAAACUCACCACAUCUCUUUACCAAACCGAAAUAGGCCUGUUUGCUCUUACAUGGUCCAAGAAUGUGAUGAGCCGCUCCCUCCACGUGCACUACACCUCCCACGACGUCGUUUCGGACCAGAGCUUUCCUUCUUUCACCCUCCACCUCAAACCUUUCCUUUUCUGGAAAAAACACGGAUCGAGAAAACUAGCCGUUUCCCCCAGCCCUCACGCGAAAAACCCUCGCAUUUUCUACGACUUCUCGAACGCCAAGUUCGGGUCAAGACCCGAACCCGAGUCCGGAUUCUACAUCGCCGUCGUCUUAGACGGAGAUAUGAUCCUCCUCAUCGGAGACUCCCCGAAACAAGCCUACUCGAGAACCAAAUCAUCGUCAUCAUCAUCAACAUCAAACCCUAACCCUAACCCUAAUCAAUCGAUGAUUCUGAAGAGAGAGCACGUGCGUGGCGCACACAGAGUAUACGCAACCAAAGCCACAUUCGGCGACAAAACACGCAACAUUCUCGUCGAUUGCAGACUGGUCAAUAACAAAAGCAGCCUCAUUCUCACCAUAGACAACAAACGCGUGCUCCGAAUUAAACAUUUAGAAUGGAAGUUUCGCGGAAACGAGAGAAUCCAAGUCGACGGAAUUCAAAUACAAGUCUCGUGGGACGUUCACGACUGGCUAUUCGAUGAGAAAGACAAAGACGACGGCCACGCAUUAUUCAUGUUCAAAUUCGAGAAGCUCGGAUUUUCCGACGACGAUGAUGAUUCGAGUAGUUUAUGGUCGCAGCAACGGCAGUCGUGCGGGAUUGGAUAUGAAGCGAGGAAGUUGAAGAAGGGAGUGCUGACGAGCUCAACGAGUAGCUGUUCGUCUUCUUCGUUGUCGUCGGCUUCUUCGAAUUCUGUUAUGGAGUGGGAGAGUAUUGAAGAGAAUCAGCUUAAGCUUCCUUCUGGGUUUUCGCUAUUGCUCUAUGCUUGGAAGAAUUGAUGAGGAAGUGUAAUUCUUUGGUAAUUAUUUAUUUUUUUGUUGAAUUUUUUACAAGGAACGGAUUAGUAUUCCAUUACAGAUCAAUGUAUAAGCUACAGAUUGGGUUCAUUUGCUUACAAUUAAAUCAGCAGUUUUGUUGAAUAA